AAAAAAAAAAAAGAAAAUUUCGGAGCUGAUAUAAACCGACCCGUUUUCUCUUCUUAUUUCUGAUUUGAGUAGAAUUCUUUCUUCGUUUCUUUAGCUUCUAUCAUGGCGUCGUCGGCACAGCUUCGUCUCAUGUCUGAUCUUAAAGCCAUUGUAAAUGAACCCCCGGAAGGGUGCAGCGCGAGUCCGUUGUCCGACGAGAAUCUGUUCGUGUGGAGUGCGACCAUCUUUGGUCCCGAUGAAACCCCUUGGGAAGGUGGUGUUUUCGGUUUGCGAUUGAUUUUCGGUGAUAACUAUCCGGAGAAACCCCCUCGCGUUCGCUUCACCUCCGAGAUGUUCCAUCCCAAUGUUUAUCACGAUGGCACACUGUGCAUGGACAUCAUUCAAGAUGCCUGGUCACCUUGUCACAAUGUUUCUACAAUUUUGACGUCAAUUCAGUCACUUCUUACCGAUCCAAAUCCAGCAAGUCCUGCAAAUCCUGAGGCUGCUCAGCUGUAUCAACAUGAUGUUCAGGCUUAUAACAGGAGAGUUCGCCGAUGUGCUCGAAAAUCCAUUGAAUCUUGACCGUUGGCAAGUGCCAAUUCCUUCAUUCUUAGUGAUUAAUUAUCUUGUUGGAUUGGGAAAGAAAGCUUUCCUUGACCUACCUGUUUCACUGUUUGUGUCAAAGUGUCUCUCGCAUCUUCUGUUUCCACGUCAUUAUUGUUUACUGAUUUCUUGGUCUCAGUUAUGCGUCAUGUACAUGGAAUACGUUUUGAGGGAUUUUGGAAGAACUGCAUCCGACUCUAUACUAAUUAAUACAAACAUCCAAAUUUGGAUAAGAA